UGCAAACCCUUGGCACCACCCGAGAUAGUGGCAGGCUGCAAUGAAGGGAUAUACAUUGUGACGCGGCGCCGUAAUCCCACACCACUUGGGCAGUUCGGCAGCUCGAUCGGACACUCCUCUCCUCUCCGUCUGUCUGCCAUGGUUCGAUUCGGCCAAGCAAUUUUGUUCGCGUGGGAAAAAAAAUCCUUUUCCCCAUUUAUCUGGAAAUGCGUUUUCUUGAUUUGACCCCCCUGCGGAAUCAGUGGUGAACUAGUCUGUUGGAUAGCAGCCUGGAUUUUUGCUGUUCUUUGGUGGAAAUAUACGAGCUUGUCACAGUUUAGAGCGAUCGGGAGCUCACUUGGAUCGCUGUCUCAGUGAUGAUGUUCUUGGUGGUUCUGAUGUUUCUCUUCACUUGUAUUUGGAUGCAGAAGACCCAGUGAAGUGAAGCUUGCAUUCGACCAGUACUCCAGAGAAGCAUGGGGGUUGUUGGAUGGAGGGUUCGUUCAAUGGUACAGCAAUGGGGUUGGAACUGUCGCCGGGGCCUCUCUUCUGCUGCGGUUCGAUCUCAAUUGGAGAAUGUAGGGUUCAUAGGAUUGGGAAAUAUGGGUGCCCAUAUGGCAAGGAACCUGGUGAUGGCUGGAUAUAAAGUAACUGUUCAUGAUAUCAAUGAGAACACCAUGAAGAAGUUCUCAGAUGAUGGAAUUCCCACAAAACAGUCUCCACUUGAAGUGUCUGAGUCCAGUGAUGUCAUAAUAACGAUGCUACCUUCAUCUGCCCAUGUAUUAGAUGUAUACAAUGGACAGAAUGGCUUGCUUGCUGAUGGGGCCAACCUUGGACCUUGGUUAUACAUAGAUUCAUCUACGGUUGAUCCGCAAACAUCAAGAAAGAUAUCAAUGGACAUCUCAAGAUGCACUUUGAAAGAAAACAAAGCCUAUAAUGAUAAACCGGUGAUGCUGGAUGCUCCUGUGUCAGGAGGUGUUCCUGCCGCAGAAGCUGGGAAACUGACUUUCAUGGUAGGUGGUUUAGAAGAAGCAUAUCUAGCAGCAAAACCCUUACUUCUCUCAAUGGGAAAAAAUGCAAUAUAUUGUGGUGGUCCUGGAAAUGGCUCGGUUGCAAAGAUCUGUAACAACAUGGCAAUGGCUAUCAGCAUGCUUGGAGUCUCUGAAGCUUUUGCUCUUGGCCAGAAUCUUGGAAUCAAAGCUAGCGUUCUUACAGACAUAUUCAACUGCUCAAGUGCCCGCUGCUGGAGCAGUGACACAUAUAACCCAGUUCCUGGAGUAAUGAUGGGUGUGCCGUCAUCGAGGAAUUAUGAUGGUGGUUUCACCUCCAAACUAAUGACUAAAGAUUUGGAUUUGGCGAUGGUCUCUGCAUCUGGAGUUGGCUUUAAAUGUCCCUUUGGUUCUCAGGCAUUUGAAAUUUACCGAAAGCUAUGCGCGGAUGGCUGCGAACUCAAGGACUUCUCAUGUGCAUUUCGCCAUUACUAUGAUGGAAAGGAUGAAAAUUGAUCCUGUAGUUUUGCCAUCUGAUUUGCCACUUGUUAAAAUAAAUAAAGUAAUAAUAAAAAAGUUAUGGGAAUUUAGUAUGAUUAUGGCAUCCACAAUGUACUAUAAAAGUAGUCAUUAUACAAUAAAUGCUCUCAUAUGAGCUACCUUUAUAUUUAACUUUUUGCCACUCUUAAAAAUGACACCUAACAUAUUUGCCAUCCGUUGUCUAUGACAUGUGAGCCCUCAUGUGUCUAUGACAUAUGGGUCCAGUGAUAAAUAUGUUAGAAUCAUUUAUAAGAGUGACAAAAAGUUAAUUAUUCCACCUUUAUACAUUAUGAGGGCGGUCAUUAUAAGACUAUCCAUAAAAAUAGAUGCUCUCGCUUUUUUUAUUUAGGACUCACUUUUUGUUUUCUGCUCCCUUCGUAAACAUUAUGGAUUUGUCAUAACUAAUACAUAUAUGGUGAAUUUCACCUAUACAGACUAUAUGAUCGGUAUACAUUGUCCACGUCCUUAAAGUGUAAUCAAAAUUUG